AUGGAAAUAAAACGUAGUACGUUUUUCGUUCUUCUUACAAUCCUAUGUAUCUCCAUCAAUCUUUCCGUUGAAAUAUGUCUGUUCAUAACGGAUCAAUAUGUGUUCGAGAGGUCUUUAAAUGAACAUGGAAUUCCAUAUGCAACCAAAGAAAAGCUCGAGAUAUAUAAAAACUUAACAUCGGAAAACUCAACGAAUCUUAAAUUGGCUCAGAGGAAAGCAGCUCUAGUUGACGCGGCUUUUAAUGGAGUACGAAUAAGCGUAGGCUUGAUAACCACACUUAUAAUUGGAUAUCUGUCAGAUCGUUUCGGUCGUAAAUGUGCAUUUGCUUUACUUCUUGGCGGUGAAACGUUGCAAAUCAUAAUGAUAUGUAUAAUCACACUUCUAAAGCUGAAUGAAUGGCUGACAAUAGUCUCUGGUCUAUUCGAAGCAUUUUGUGGAGGGGUCUGUUGA